UCGGACACGGGGUCUGCAACAACCAAAACACUGGCCUGGCUCACACGCUGCUUCACUAUCCUCUAACUUCUGGAUUCAUAUAAUAUACAUAAAAUGACUGACUAUAAAGAAGAGCAGAAUAACGAAAUAGAAGCGCUGGAGUCUAUAUAUCCAGAUGAAUUUGAAAUUUUAGAUGUAGAACCACGACACAAGUUCAAAAUCAGUGUCAAAUCAGAGGGCUCUGAUCCAUAUGACGAACUUAAAGUAGAACCGGCAGAGAUUGUUCUCAGUUUUGAAUAUACUCCUACAUAUCCUGAUGAGCCACCCAUUAUGGAGGUGAUUCCUGUAGAAAAUAUAGAAGAGGAAGAGUUAUCAGAUUUGCGGGAACAGUUAGAAGCGCAGUGCGAGGAGAACGUAGGCAUGGUGAUGGUCUUCACAUUAGUCUCAUACACAGUGGAGUGGCUCACUACACACAUGGAGACGCUGGCCCGCACAGCUAAAGAUGAAUUUGAACGCGAAAAGAAGGAAUUGGAGGAAGCAGAACGAAAAAAGUUUGAGGGCACUAGAGUGACGGUGGAAACCUUUCUGGUUUGGAAGGCAAAAUUCGAUGUGGAAUUGGCUGCACUGCGAACAGAAAAAGAAAAGGAGGAAGAAAAGAACAAGAAAUUAACGGGCCGUGAAUUGUUCCAGACAGAUCAGACCCUCAACGAGUCUGAUUUAAGCUUCUUGGGUGAUGGAGAGGGAGAAGUUACUGUAGACGAAAGUUUAUUCCAAGACCUGGAUGACCUCGACCUGGACGAAGAGGAUGAUGAAGACUUUGUGCCUGAUGUGGAUGAAGGUUUAUCCGACUAGGAAAUAUUAUUAACCCUCAUAAAUUGGAAAUGUUCAUCAUUAUUUGUAAAUCCAUCACAUCAUUUCUUUGUCACUCAUUUCAUUCUUAAAAGAAAAAAAUCAAUAAAAAGCAAGUGGUAAUGGCUUUGCCAAUAAUAACUUUUGCAAAUUUAUUACAAUUGUGCAAAAAAAGGUUUAAAGCAAAAAAUAUACAUGGUUUUGGGAGGUGCUACUCCUUACAGGUUUAGAUUAACUCUUAUGUAUGUAAAUAUAAAUUCAUUCAUAUGAAAGAGUAAUUAUCAGAUUAAGGAGAAGCAGGAAAAUGUAGCUUCAUCAAAGUCAUAUAUAACAGCACAGGUUUAAUCUUUCUUAAUGCAAAAUUCAUGGAAAAUUUUAAAUUUGUCAAAUUUUUAUUAAAAGACCAGUGGUAAUAAGGGUAUACCCAAAGUUUACAUUUAUUUGUUCAAUAUCCACUUGAUCCCAUCCUCCCAUUAUUGUUAAUAACUCGUGCAAGUAUCCAAGGACCAGGGCUAUUUAUACAACCUUGAUUGAAAAUCUUUAUUAAGAAUUUUCCCAUAAAGCUGCUGACAGUUUUUACUAAAAUAAAAAUUAUAUUGAUA